AUGGCAGCUCAGCAGCCAUUGUGGUGUUGGCUUCCUUGGAAUCUUGACCAUGUAGAUUGCCAAAACCCAGUGCCAGCUGACGAGCGAUGUGAGCCGGCCUGUCCUGAUUUAAAGUGUUGUAAAGGUUUACUCUACUUGACAAAAAAGCUCACCCUACCGCUCACAUCCGGCGAUUUGUGGACGGGCGGAAUGGAGACUUCGGUGACGACUCUCCGGUGGGCGAUCAUCUUUCUAAUGUACCAUCCGCAUAUUCAAAAAAGGCUACACGACGAGAUCGAUCAAGUUCUCGGCGAUUCCCGAGCCACGUACUCUUGCCGAAAUCAAAAAUCGUUUACAUCGGUCAACUCUCAAUCGGUACCCCGGCACAGCGCUUUAACA